AUGACAAUUAACCACAGUCGCCGAGAAUCUUUCGAGAGCGAAAAGAUCGAAACACCAGACUCCUCACGAGCACAUUCGCAAGCAUUUCCUACCGACCUGGAGCAGCAGAAUACAAAUCAAUCACCCGAAGAUCCUUUGCGCACUUACAGUACCGAUGGCUCGCCGCUCGAGAUAUCACCCUCCCACCUCUCACAGCCGGCUAGUCUGCUAAUACCAGACGGAGGCCGCGUUGCCUGGCUGCAAGUCGUCUCUGGCUUCUUCCUCUUCUUCAACUCAUGGGGUCUGAUCAACGCGUUCGGAGCCUUCCAGUCCUAUUACAAGUCAACACUUAUCCCUGCAGAGACUAACAGCAACAUCUCCUGGAUCGGAAGUAUCGAAGCUUUCCUGCUCUGCUGCACCACAAUCUUCGCCGGACCAGCUUUUGAUCGUGGAUACGCAAGGACUCUGGUCAUAUCCGGCACAGUUCUAGUCGUUUUCGGGCUGAUGAUGACGAGCCUCUGCAAGACCUACUGGCAGUUGAUGCUUGCACAAGGCUUAUGCAUGGGCAUUGGACAUGGAGGACUCUUCAUCGUUAGCAUCGCGAUUGUGCCGUCCUAUUUCAGCACCAAGAGAGCCUUUGCGAUCGGUCUCGCAGCAAGCGGAAGCUCUCUCGGCGGAGUCAUCUACCCCAUCGUCUUUCAUCGGCUUGUUGGUCAAGUGGGAUUUGGCUGGGCGACCCGCGUCAUAGGAUUCAUGGCUUUGGCAACACUCCUGGUUCCCUCCACCUGCAUUCGCAUGCGUACCCGACCGCGACCGAGGAAGACGAUUAUCGAUUUCGGCGGCUUUCGAGAGUUGCCCUUCUCGCUCUUCUCGCUGGCGAGCUUUGUCGGAUUCAUAGGACUAUACAUACCUUUCUUCUACAUCUCGUCUUUCGCCUCCGAGAAAGCCGGAUUGAAUUCGACAUUGGCGUUCUACAUGCUUCCUAUCAUCUCAGCGGGAAGCACAGUCGGACGCAUCUUGCCUGGUUUCGUUGCAGACUUCCUCGGUCCGCUCAAUGUCCUCUCGAUCUGUACGCUCAUUGCCGGGCUGCUGGGCUUCUGCUGGAUCGCGAUACCAUCUCCGGCCUCAGUCGGGGGACUGGUAAUUUGGAGUCUGCUCUAUGGGGCUUUCAGUGGGGCAUUCGUCUCACUACAGCCGAGCACAGUCGUGAGCAUCACAGAUGACAUGAGCACCGUUGGAGGCAGGCUGGGAAUGAACACUUUCUGCGCGGCGCUGGGACUGUUGAUCGGAACGCCGAUUGCUGGAGUGAUUCUGGAGAAAGACCCUUCCUGGGUGGGAGUACAAGUCUUCUGUGGUGCUACGCUACUGGCUGGCGGUGCCCUUGUGCUCGUUACGAGAUGGUCGAGGGUGGGAAUGGAGAUUGUUAGGAAGGCUUGA